GGGGUGAGUGCGUGACACGGCCACAUAAUGCUACGUAGCUAAUGAGCCAAUACACAACUUCCUGGAGUGGAGGCAUUUAUCAGAGCCAGGAGUCUGAGUCUGGAAAUCAAAACUGAACGUCAGAGAAGCGCGUAGGCUGUAUCUGUGAUUAAUUCACCACUAAUACCCGAGCACAGCUUCUACUUAGCGGGGAAACAGCCGGGCGGACGCUGUUAGCCUUCUCCAUUCUGACAGUUAGUUAGCUAGAUAACGUCUCCUGUUUAAAAUGGCCACAGAUGAGCUCUCGUCCAAGCUCAGCCGUCGGCUGCAGAUCGAAGAAGGAGCCGAGGACCCAGUUGCCGUGGACGCACCCGAAGACCAGAACGGGUCGGAGGAGAAACCCAGUACGGCCAACGCAGACUCGGAGCUGGGUGCCAAGCUUAUGCGACGAGGAGAGCUGAACGAGGGGCAGGGUGAGCCCUCCCAGCCCAGCAUGAAGGUCUUCAACCCCUACACCGAGUUCAAAGAGUUCUCCAGAAAGCAGAUCAAAGACAUGGAGAAGAUGUUCAAAAUGUAUGAUGCUGGGAAAGACAACUACAUCGACCUUAUGGAGCUGAAGCUGAUGAUGGAGAAGCUUGGUGCUCCACAGACACACCUCGGCCUGAAGAACAUGAUCAAGGAGGUCGACGAGGACCUUGACAACAAACUCAGCUUCAGAGAGUUCCUGCUGAUCUUCAGGAAGGCAGCAGCAGGAGAGCUGGCGGAGGACAGCGGUCUCAGUGUCCUCGCUCGCCUCUCUGAAAUCGACGUCUCCACAGAGGGGGUCAAAGGAGCCAAGACCUUCUUUGAAGCCAAAGUCCAGGCCAUCAGCGAGUCCAGUCGGUUUGAGGCAGAGAUCCGCCAGGAGCAGGAGGCCAAGAAGAAGCAGGCCGAGGAGCAGAAACAGAGACGAGCUGCUUUCAAAGAACUGCAGUCGGCCUUCAAGUGACCCCCCCCCCUCCUCACCUCAGGACCUUUCACUCUCUGUGCUGUACUAAUGCUGUUAUUUUGUUAAUGCUCCGUGUAUGACAGUGGUAAACCUGAGUCAGCCACCGGCCAGAAGUCCCACACAUGCUGAUCACUAGUCUUUGAUACAGUGGACUAGAUACACACUGAAAAAUCAUCACUGUCCAUGCUUAUGCAGAUAAUCGAUUAGGAAUCAAAGAUCAUCUGUACAUUUAGCUCAGUAACACCCUCAAACAUCAAAAUACAAGUGAAAUAAAGGUUUAGUGUAACGACAGUCUGUACUGAGCUAAAUGAACCGAAGACUCUUACAGUCUGACAUUAGUCACUGUGUCUGCAACAGCAAAGAACCAUUUUUACCCAGAUAUAAACUCUUUGGCCCCUGUGCUGGCACAGCGGGGCGCUGAUAAAAUUCAUCAUUUUAUCAUUAUGGCCUCAUGGGAUCAUAAACAGCUGCACAUUCAGCCUUCAUGAUUAGUAUUUGAUUAUCUUACCUGUACCUAAAACCACACACACACACACACACACACCGACACAGCCAGCUGUUGACUACCUGCUGUGUCUGGAGUCCAGUUCCCAGUAUUUACGUACAGGUGAUGAAUGCACUUAUUGCACUGUCCUGGCUACAGUGUUGACCUAUAUUUGAUUGACUUCAUUCAUUCCAGAACUCAUAUUAAAUCCACAGUAAGACUUUGCAGUCAUUCGAUUCAUCUAUCUAUAGUGUUGCAUGUUGAACAAAGAGCUGAGCUCCACAGUGUCACUCUCUGCUCUGUAUUUUUGUGGGUGUAGAUUGUGGUGGUUGUGGUUGGGGGUGGUAGUUGGUGGUGGUUUGUGGGACCUUUGAUAAACAGACAGCUUUAGAAUAAGGUUCUUUUAGGAAAAUGGGUCUGUCUUGUCUAGUUCUGGUCAUUAUUCCCAUCAUGCAUCAUCUUAUUCGCCAACCUCACUGCUGAAAUGUGUGGAUGUAGCGACUGUUCUCCAACCACAGGAACCACCACACACUUUGAAACUUUCACAAUCAGUUGAAAGUGAAGUGUCUCCGUGGUCCAUGAGCUACUUCCUGCUUCAUCUGGAUUCACUUUAGUUUUCAUUUUCUGAUCAGCGGUUUGGUCCGUGAGUAACAUGCUUCUGUGCCUGAUGGAAACGACAGCCAAACUGUGCAGAUCAUGUUCUCGUUUUGUCACCUGAUGAUGAACCUGGAGGUUCAGAACAUCACCUGUGCCAUUCCAGCAGUUAGACCAGUGCCACUCACAGCUUCACAGCUUCCACUGCUUUAUGUUUCCCACUGUUCUCUCACUGUCAAGUUGUGACUAAUGUGAAAUCCUUCUUCCUGAAUUGAAACCAGCCUUGAAUGCUAAUCCACUCGUUUCCUGUGGCCCUCACCAGUUGUGAGAUCAGCUGGUGGGAUCUGUGUAUUUUCUGUAAUCAGGUAAAUCUUUUUAGCCAAGAGAUUUGCACAUUUUGCACUUACUUGGUCAUUUGAUGUAAGUGUGUUGAUCAGUAGAUAGUAGAUUAAACUUUGGCAUUGUUAAAUUUAAUUCAACAUUGUCUUUGAGACUAGGUGUUAAUCCUGAAGAUUGUUAAAUCGACAGUAGCACAAUUACUGUUACACCAGAGAUUAGACAGAUAAUGAAACAUCAUUGAUUUGAAAGAUAAUCAGCACAUGAUGUUUGUAACAUGAACUCAUCUUUCACUAACAUGUGGGACCUUUAACCUCUUGGUCAUCUGUUGGUGUGUCUGUUAAAAAUCAGUUCAAACAAAUGAAGAACAACCACAUCAUUUGUUUGAACCGACUGUGAGGUAACCCACAGCUUGUUCAUUCACUGUGAUGGCUCCAUGAAUCCCUCACUGAGUGAGGAAGACUUUGUGUUAAUAACCUCACCUCUCUCUGCAGUCGCACACUCUCUGGUGCCAAGUCACAUUUUUCUUCACUUCUGGUUUACUCUCAGUGUGGCUUACUGGUUUCCUCCAUGUUAAGAAAAGAGAAGAACAAAUGGCGUCAUGUCCUGCAGUAGAUCAGAGUGAUAAUUUGAAUGAAGGCUGCUCUGUGAGUGUAGUUAUGUAAUGGAGUAAUGGGCCAAUACAAAUACACAGACCUGUAUAAACUGUAUGUGUGGGACUGAUAACUAAAUACGACUGAGUAUUGUUGUAUUGUAUUAUUCUGUGUGCUAAUGUGUUGUAAUGAAACACUGUCAUACAGCCACAUGACCUGACCCUGCAUUUGUUUGAAAUGAUUCAUAGAACAGAUGUACUGUGUGUUGACAGGUGUUUCUUCAGAGAGACAAAGAUUAGAUUCGAUCUUCAGGAUUCUCACUCAGUCUAUUAAAUCUAAAUCUGGGGACUUUAGUUUUUGUAUUGUGGCACAGAACAAUAUCAAUUAUUUUAUAGAAGAUUUUUCUAUUUUAACACUUUGCUGUUGAGCCACUUUGUAAAUGUGUGAGGGAGGAACUUUUGGAUACUGUAUAAAAUAAUAUGCAAGCUCCCUCAGUGUAGUUACUGACACAGCACUGUCUGUUGAUGCCAGGACUCACCGCACCGUGACUGAAACGUUCUUCAUGAGGAACCGAACAAAUAUUUCAUCACAGUAUGAAACACUGUCUCUGAAGCUUCCUCCCAGCUCAUUGUUGAUGACUCAACACUCUGGUUUCUGCAGCUUCAUCAGUGAGCUGGGAGGACGUUUCGGGGGUUUCAGGGUCUUAGCUUGUUGCUUUGUUGUGUAAAGUGGAGGAUGAUUUUGUCAGAUCAUCCUGUUUUUCCUGUUAUGUAUCAUUUAUACAGUAAGGCUCAUAGUUCAACAGAGGCCUGUCCCAGUCAUUUCCUGUUGUAACUCAACACUGUCAGCUGUCACAUUUGGAUCAUUAUGUUGGUUUGUUGGUGCAGAUUUUCAGUGCCAGUAUUCAAGAGAAACACAGUUACUGUUCUUUAGUUCUUGAUGAGCAAACCCUUCAUCAUCAUGCCUCCUCUGUGGUUCUCCAGCAAACUUAUACCAGCACUGUGUUAUACUGGAGGUGUAACAGGAAACUAAAGUAUUAUUUAUUUUAGACAUCAUCCCAUUAAACCUCAUUGAUGGAGAACAGUGACUUCAGUGCACACACAGUGGAGUCCAUGUGUCCUUCUACUGAAUUCUCUUCAUGUCCUUAUUGUUAAAGUGCCAAAUGUUUCGACUACUGUCAUUAUGUCCAGUUCAGUGGAGCUGUUCACUCCACAGCAACACAAAUGUGAAUGGAGAUGAUAUUGAUGAUGAGAUACAGUUAUUCAGAGAGCUGUUGGCUGAUGUCAGUGUUGUUGUUGGUGUUGUUGUCAUGGAUCUAACUUUGCCUCUGACAGACACAUUUCCUCUUGUUGUUGCUGUGCCCUCCUCGCUCACUGCUGAUGUUCAGAAACUCAACUGUGAACUGUGUUGAAUGUGAAAACUUCACUGUGAGCCUGGAGGGAGUGUGUGGUCUCUGCUCUGUACGACAUGAUCAAGGAGGGUUUAACUAACAUGUUUUCCUUCUAUGUUUUCACUUCAUUUUCUAUUUUUGUUAGUAUUGGCAGUUGUAUUGUCUUGUAUGCUGAUAACAAAUGAGGAGACUCUCUAAUACAUCUUCAUUUUGAUUUUCAAUAAAACAUCCUUUUGUCGCAGUA